AUGUCUCCCAUUGACCAGAAAGCCAGUGUGGAAAAUACCACCAUCGUCAACGAAGAGGUCGGAUCGGGUGAAACGGAUACGAGUAUUGUUGAGCCAAAUUCAAUACAAAACAUUCAUGACAAUGUCAACAUCUCCAAAGACAACAUCUCCAACGACAACAUCUCCAAAGACAACAUCUCCGAUGCCAUCACGUCCACUGCCAACAUCUCGAAAGGCAACACAUCCGGCGACCAGUCAUCAGAAGUGAGGACCACCACGGAGAAACACCGAACAAAAAGACGUAAACUCACUCACCCAACCUGUCAUCUGAACCUGAAUCUCAAAAUGAUGAUCCACUAUUCCAACCAAUCCAAAACAGCCAGACAACAUACACAUGUCGAUGCCCAUUUCUUGAUGACAUUCCGAGAAGCCGCGAGAUUGGUGGUGGAAUAUGAACCUCGCCAUCAAUACAAUGAAGACCCAAAACAUCUCCUCAAACAGUUCCAUCACGUCUUCAAACCCAAAAAAGUUGGUAAAAUUGUCAGGAUCGUAUCUGGACGUGAUAUCUUGAGGUGGAAGGAUGCUGAAUAUUCAGUGGGAGAGGAGACGGAUACAAAUGGGUCAAAAUGGACAAAGAAUAUAAAAUUGAAUGACAAGUUCAUAGCUGUCGGAUUUCUGUCUAUCAAGACGUUCGCAAGGGACCCCGAAGAAAGGCGAGCGGUAGUGGAUAAGGUGAUCAAUGACGCCAGGAAGAAAUUGACUUCUCUCAAUGAGGCGGAACGUGAGAGAAGAAAAAUCAAGCAGAUGAUCAGAUUCAUUCACCAGUUCAUGAAGCGACAGAGCAGGCGGAUCGAUCUCAAACGCGGACACGGAGAGAUAGAUCAGGGUGGUAUUGGUUCCACUAUUUGUCAGCUCGUUCGUUCGGGCCCGAAGUAA